UUUCUGUUUCAUGCCUUACUACAAAACCAAGGAAAGCACAUCCACCUUUCUUUAUUCAUUAUCUGUCCAGCUAGGCUGGAACAGGGAAGCAGAAUAUGUAGAAACACUGACUACAUGUUGAAUUAUAAAUCUUAGGCUACCAAAGUUCCCCUCGAUACUUGUUACUCAUUAUUGAUUUCAUGGAUGCUUGCAGUAAGCUAUCUGCAAAGAUUAUAGACUGGUAGGGACUUUCUUCUAGGAAGCAGAAUUAUGAUAUGCUCUCUGCCCGAGAGAAAUCGUCUCUUUCAUGAUUGUCGUCACAGGGAAACUGAGGUAUCUGGUAGGAUAAUGGAAACCUAGGAACUAGGAAGUGAAGGUUCAGAUGAGUGGGAGGGAGAGAAGGGGGAUACCUCCCUACUGAAGCUCACCAACAGGUGGGCUUAGUCCUCAGCUACUCCAUUCUUGUAUCUUCUAGUAAAGACAAGGGCAGUUGUUUGUCACAUGAAGCUCAUGCAACAAAAGACAGAGUGAUUUUAAUGUUGAUGGCUGUGUGUGGCAAUCCAUUCGGACCCUGUGAAGCAAAGUCUUCUGAGUCUUCUGCUUAUAAAUGAGAGCAUGUAAGGAGAGAGCUGGGAUCUCUAUUAAUGGAAGUUUCUUCUGUUCUCACAGAUUUCUGAAGAGAAGAAUACUGGUUAGAAAUGAGUCCUUAGUGACUGAAUUUCUUCUUGCUGGCCUAACAGACUGUCCAGAGCUCCAGCAACCCCUCUUCUUCCUGUUUCUGGUGAUCUACAUUGUCACCAUGGUGGGCAACAUUGGCUUGGUCACUCUUAUUAGUCUAAAUUCUCACCUCCAUACCCCCAUGUACUACUUCCUCUUCAACCUAUCCUUCAUUGAUGUCUGUUACUCUUCUGCUUUCACCCCCAAGAUGCUGAUGAACUUUGUGUCAAGGGAGAAUAUCAUCUCCUAUGUUGGCUGCAUGACUCAGCUGUUUUUCUUUCUCUUUUUUGUCAUCUCGGAAUGCUAUAUGUUGACCUCAAUGGCCUACGAUCGCUACGUGGCCAUCUGUAAUCCGUUGCUGUAUAAGGUAACCAUGUCCCACCAGGUCUGUGCCUUGCUGACUGUUGCUGCAUAUAUGAUGGGGUUUGCUGGAGCCUCUGCCCACACAGGGUGCAUGCUCAGACUAACCUUUUGCAGUGUUAAUGUCAUCAACCAUUACCUGUGUGAUAUUCUUCCUCUCCUCCAACUGUCUUGCAGCAGCACCUAUGUCAACGAGGUAGUAGUUCUGAUAGUCGUGGGAAUUAAUAUCACAGUACCCAGUUUUACCAUCCUAAUUUCUUACGUCUUUAUCCUCACUAGCAUUCUUCAUAUCAAAUCUGCUCAAGGACGAUCAAAAGCCUUCAGUACCUGUAGUUCUCACAUCAUUGCUAUUUCUCUUUUCUUUGGCUCAGCAGCAUUCAUGUAUCUUAAAUAUUCUUCUCCUGGGUCUAUGGAGCAGGGGAAAGUUUCUUCAGUUUUCUAUACUAAUGUGGGACCCAUGCUCAAUCCCCUGAUCUACAGUUUGAGGAAUAAGGAUGUCAAAAUUGCACUGAGGAAAGUCUUGAUUAAAAUCCAAAGGAGAAGCAUGUUCUAAUUAGAAGUGGCAACAAUAUAAAGAAGUUCAACUUUUUAUUUUAUAAUUAUUGGUGUUUUUCAAGGUGAGAAUGUGAUCAUAAACAUGUUUCUAGAGAUUGUGUUUUGUGUGGUUUAAUAGAUGUGCUUGUGAUUUUUCUGAUAGCUGAUCUCGUCUCAUUUUUCCUUCUGUAUCUCCAUCAUCUUGUGCAAGUUUACAUAAAUAAGUAAUACAUUUUCUGGGGUGCCUGGGUGGCUCAGUUGGUUGAGUGUCCGGCUUCGGUUCAGGUCAUGAUCUCACAGUUCGUGGGUUCGAGCCCCACAUCGGGCUCUGUGCUGACAGUUCAGAGCCUGGAUCCUGCUUUGGAUUCUGUGUCUCCCUCUCUCUCUGCCCUUCCCCCAUUCACACGCUGUC